ACAGACAGAGAGCCAGACAGAAAAAGAGACAGAGAGAGAGAGAGAGAAAGAGAGAGACAGAGUCCUCCGUGUUUUUCUAAAACGUCAAAAUCCUGCUCGUGUGAAUCGCCAUGGUGACUACUGAGACCCACCAGAGCCAGGACCUGAUGGUCCCCUCUCUGAAUCUGGACCAGCAGGAUCAGGACCAGCAGGAUCAGGACCAGGCCUCGCCCUCCUCCCUCCUGGCAGGAUUAGACCUGGAGAAAAUGAGUCAAGGUCCAGUGAACGCCAUCACGGUCCUGACACUGCUGGACAAACUGGUCAACAUGCUGGACACUGUGCAGGACAACCAGCACAAGAUGGAGGGUCACCAGGUGGAGAUGGAGGGCGUGGUCAGAGGAAUCCAGGCAGACAUGACCAAACUAUCCAAGAGUCACAGUCACACGUCAAACACCGUCAGUAAACUGUUGGACAAGAGCAGGAAACUGUCCGUCACCAUGAAAGAGGUACGGGACAGGAUGGAGCGUCAGGGAGCUCAGGUGAAGAAACUGGAGGCAAACCACGCCCACCUGAUCAACAGGAACAACUUCAGGGUCCUUAUCUUCCAGGAGGAGAACGAGAUCCCAUCCACAGUGUUUGUGAAGGAUCCUCCUCCGUUUCCUCGAGAUCAGAUCUUAGAGGAAGGAGAAGAGGGUGGCGAUGGCAUCCCUGCACCUGCAGAGGGCGCACUCACCACCAUCGACCUGUCGUCUGACGAGGAUGUGGGUCUGGAGGCGGAGCUAGAGGACGAUGAGACGUGGGCUCAGGAUCUGGAAAACAUGGAGAAGUCCAGAGCUGAGAAACUGAAGCGAUCCAGUCUGAAGAAGGUUGACAGUUUGAAGAAGGCCUUCUCCAAACAGAACAUUGAGAAGAAAAUGAGUAAAAUUGGAACAAAGAUUGUUUCUGCUGAACAACGAGAGAAGAUCAAACAGAAAACGUCCAGUCUCAAAGUUUCACCUUUGACCUUCAGCAUCAGAAAGCCUCCAGACCUGAAGAGCGAGGAAGUCCACGUCCAGGUCUCCUCUCUGGGCAGCACUGACCUGGACCCUCCCUUCACCGAGGUCCAUGCUGAGCUGGCUCCUGCUGAAGAGGAGGAGGAGAAGGAGGAGGAGAAGGAGAGAGAGGAGGAUGUGAAGGAGGAGAGAGAGGAGGAGAAAUAUGUGUCAGUGCUUUCAGAGGAAGUCAGUCAGGAGUACGCUCUGUCCUCUACCCUGCCUCAGGAGAAUAAAGAGGAGGAGCAGGGGGAGGAGCAGGCGUAAUCCUCAAUCAUUUACAACAAACCUGAACUUCAGAGUUCUGUUAAAUCCUCAUCUUUGUCUUUGAGCUGUGAAACAACCAGUUAGCCUAGCAUUAUACCUGGUACCCAGUGGAAACAACCAGUUAGCCUAGCAGUAUACCUGGUACCCAGUGGAAACAACCAGUUAGCCUGCAUUAUACCUGGUAUCCAGUGAAACAACCAGCUGGCCUAUCAUUAUACCUGGUAACCAGUGGAAACAACCAGUUAGCCUAGCAGUAUACCUGGUAACCAGUGGAAACAACCAGUUAGCCUAG